UCUCGGAUUGACUGCAGCGGCCACUUCUUCGCUCCAUCAAAAAUCCUCACCUGCUACUUCCGCUUUCCCGAAUCCCCUUUCGACGCCACUGCGCGCCAAUCCUCCUUCAUCCUCCAGAAUGGUUCACACUAACGUCGUCAUUAUCGGCUCCGGCCCCGCGGCGCACACCGCUGCCAUCUACCUCUCCCGUGCCGAACUCAAGCCCGUCCUCUAUGAGGGUAUGCUGGCCAACGGCACCGCCGCUGGCGGUCAGCUCACUACCACUACCGACAUUGAGAACUUCCCCGGUUUCCCCGAUGGAAUCGGCGGCGGUGAACUCAUGGAGAACAUGCGCAAGCAGUCCAUCCGCUUCGGCACCGAAGUGAUCACCGAGACCAUCUCCAAGGUCGACUUUUCCCAGCGCCCCUUCAAGCUCUGGACUGAGUGGAACGACGGUCCCGACAACGAGCCCGCUCACACUGCCGAUGCUGUUAUCAUUGCCACCGGUGCCAACGCCCGCCGUCUCGACCUCCCCGGCGAGGAGAAGUACUGGCAGAACGGCAUCUCGGCCUGCGCCGUCUGCGACGGUGCCGUCCCCAUCUUCCGCAACAAGCCCCUCUUCGUCAUCGGUGGUGGUGAUUCCGCCGCCGAGGAGGCCAUGUUCCUUGCCAAGUACGGCAGCAGCGUGACCGUUCUCGUCCGCAAGGACAAGCUCCGUGCCAGCAAAACCAUGGCCCAGCGUCUCCUGGCCCACCCCAAGGUCACCGUCCGCUUCAACACCGUCGCCACCGAGGUCCUCGGCGAGGAGAAGCCCAUGGGCUUGAUGACCCACCUGCGCGUCAAGAACGUCGUCUCCGGCGAGGAGGAGGUCGUCGACGCCAACGGCCUCUUCUACGCUGUCGGCCACGACCCCGCCACCGCCCUGGUCAAGGGCCAGAUCAACCUUGAUGAGGAUGGAUACAUCGUCACCCAGCCCGGUACCAGCUACACCAGCGUCGAGGGCGUCUUCGCCUGCGGUGACGUCCAGGACAAGCGCUACCGCCAGGCCAUCACCAGUGCCGGAUCCGGCUGCAUUGCUGCCCUCGAAGCCGAGAAGUACAUCGCCGAGAAGGAGUCCAACGACGAGGAGCCCGUCACCAGCGUCGAGAAGUCCACUGUCAAGCCCACCCAAGAGGUCAACGGCGAGGUCAAGAAGGACUCCGAGGGUGCUACCGCCGAGUACAAGUCCAACCCUCUCCUCUAAGCGAUUUCGUCAAAUCCUUUCCUACCGACCGCCCUCUACAACCCCACCCCAACCCAUUUUCCAAUGCCCUUCCCUCGCAUAGAUCAGGUUUCCAUUCCUAGAUUAGACACCCACUCCCCAUUUAUCACCCUGUUUGUGCAUCAUACACAAAGAGGAUGAUAUCGCUUCGUCUCGUUUUCCGUCAGGGAUUUCUCUUUGUUCCAAUUCUGUUACGGGUUUAUAUCUUAGACUUUAGCGUUUUCAUUUUUUUGUUUCUCAUGAUCUGAUCUCAUGUUUGUGAUAUACAACGUGAUACACACCCACGCACACAGCAGGAGGACCGGUUGGGGGCAUUUUUUUCUCUCAAAUUCCAUGAAUUUGAACGAUGACUGGAACUUCUGACUGUGAAAUACAUUAUUACAACAAGGAUAGAAUUAGAAUAGAAAGUCAUGAACCUCUUGAAAUUGUCUUGCAAU